AUGUCCUUCUCGACCCCGUCAUUCCUCUCACGACUAGCCCGGCCAUUCACCGGGUCUACCAAGCUUGGGAUCUCCGAGGUCGGAGGCGGCGCCGCCACCGCAGCAGAGUCCAUCCCCGCCGGUGCGCAGAAGGCCACCGUCGCCGCCGGCUGCUUCUGGGGCGUCGAGCACAUCUACCGCAAGCACUUUGAUGGCAAGGGGCUGUAUGACGCCAAGGUCGGCUACAUUGGAGGUGACACCAGCAACCCCAGCUACCGCGCAGUCUGCUCGGGCAACACCGGCCACGCCGAGGCCACCCAGAUCGUCUUCGACCCGGAGAAGAUCACCUACCGCCAGCUGAUCGAGUUCUUCUACCGCAUGCACGACCCCACGACCCCCAACCAGCAGGGCAACGACCGCGGCUCGCAGUACCGCUCCGGCAUCUUCUUCCACGACGCCGAGCAGGAGAAGAUUGCGCGCGAGGUCACAAAGGCCGCCAACGAGCAGUGGUACAGCGGCAAGAUCGUCACCGAGAUCCUGCCCGCCAAGCAGUGGUGGGACGCCGAGGAGUACCACCAGCUAUACCUGGACAAGAACCCCUUCGGCUAUCAGUGCGCGAGCCACUACUUUAGGGACUUCCCGCCGUUGAAGUGA